AGUGAGCCCGCGGCGCUGGGGCUCCACCACGCCUCCAGCCGGCAGCCGUGUCUCUCCGUGUCGCCUGCUUUGGACCUCCGUCCUCGACUCGACUCGACUCGACUCGAAAUGGACCCCAACUGCUCUUGCUCCACCGGUGGCUCCUGCACGUGCGCCGGCUCCUGCAAAUGCAAGGAGUGCAAAUGCACCUCCUGCAAGAAGAGCUGCUGCUCCUGCUGUCCCGCGGGCUGUGCCAAGUGCGCCCAGGGCUGCAUCUGCAAAGGCGCAUCGGACAAGUGCAGCUGCUGUGCCUGAUGCGGGGGAGCCUGCGCCCGAUGUAAAUACGGCCACGUGUACACACCUGCAGUUUUGUUUUUUGUUUUGGUGCUUUUUGUUUUGGGUACAACUCUGACCCGUUUGCUACAUUCCUGUCUCUAUGAAGUACAUGAGUUAUAAUAAAAACUGUUGAAUUUA